AUGGAGGAGCAGGUCUACCACAAUUUGCUUGAUGAUGUUGCUCUGGAUCUGUGCUUCGAGAUGCAUAGUCAUAUCUCACGGGAUGGUUUGAGUCUAGAAGAAAUCUAUGACGUAGAACCUAUCGAAAGACCACUUAACUCGCCUGUUGUAGAGCAGGACAGCGUGAUUGUAAGCUGUCUUCAUUGUAAAAGACAGGUGCAUGCGUCGCGGUAUACGAACCACUUGGAGAAGUGCUUGACGGGCUCGCGACGGGUGAUAACACCCAAGCAGCGACACGACGUAGCCCAAGAAACAGAGCAAAAACAGCUACUCACACUUACCAAACCUCAACUAUAUGGAGAUAGUGCCUCGUAG